GGAGGUGCUUUUCAAUAUUGCAUUAAGCGUCUUUCCGUUUCGGCCCUUCUUGCGUUCGGAGUGAAACCGGCUAGCUGCAAAAUUUGAUUUCUGCGCAACAUGGCAGGGUAUUUGAAGGUCCUUAGUUCCCUGUCUCGGUCUGCCGCCGCGCUUUCUAAAAACCCCGGCGUGCUCGCACCGGCCGCUGCAUGCCAGAAUCUGCAACAAAGAAACUAUGCUGACAAGCGCAUUAAGGUGGCCCAGCCGGUGGUGGAGAUGGAUGGGGACGAGAUGACCCGUAUCAUCUGGGAGUUCAUCAAAGAGAAGCUCAUCCUCACCAAUGUGGAUGUGGAGCUGAAGUACUUCGACCUGGGCCUUCCGUACCGUGACCAGACGGAUGACCAGGUCACCAUCGACUCCGCCUUAGCCACCAAGAAGUACAGUGUUGCUGUCAAAUGCGCCACCAUCACUCCUGACGAGGCCAGAGUAGAAGAGUUCAAGCUGAAGAAGAUGUGGAAGAGCCCCAACGGAACCAUCAGGAACAUUCUGGGAGGCACCGUCUUCCGCGAGCCAAUCAUCUGCAAGAACAUUCCCCGUCUCGUUCCUGGUUGGACGCAGCCCAUCACAAUCGGCAGACAUGCCUUCGGCGACCAGUACAGAGCGACAGACUUUGUCAUAGACCAGCCGGGGAAAUUCAAGAUCUCGUUCAUCCCCACGGAUGGGAGCACAGGGAAGGAGUGGGAGGUGUUCGACUUCCCUGGCGGUGGCUGUGGGAUGGGAAUGUACAACACAGACGAGUCCAUCACAGGGUUUGCCCACAGCUGCUUCCAGUACGCCAUCCAGAAGAAAUGGCCUCUGUACAUGAGCACCAAGAACACCAUCCUGAAGGCCUACGACGGCCGCUUCAAGGACAUCUUCCAGGACAUCUUUGAGAAGAACUACAAGCCUGAGUUUGACAAGCUGAAGAUCUGGUAUGAGCACCGGCUCAUCGACGACAUGGUGGCGCAGGUGCUGAAGUCCUCCGGUGCCUUUGUGUGGGCGUGCAAGAACUACGACGGUGACGUCCAGUCCGACAUCCUGGCCCAGGGUUUCGGCUCGCUGGGCCUGAUGACCUCUGUGCUGGUGUGUCCUGACGGAAAGACCAUUGAGGCAGAGGCGGCCCACGGCACAGUCACCAGGCACUACCGGGAGCACCAGAAGGGACGGCCGACAAGCACAAACCCUAUCGCCAGCAUCUUCGCCUGGACCCGGGGCCUGGAGCACCGCGGCAAGCUGGACGGAAACCCUGACCUCAUCAAGUUCUCUCAGACCCUGGAGAGAGUGUGUGUAGAGACUGUGGAGAGCGGUGUUAUGACCAAGGACCUCGCGGGCUGCAUCCACGGCCUGGCCAACUGCAAGCUGAACGAGCACUACGUCAACACCACAGACUUCCUGGACGCCAUCAAGAACAAUCUGGACAAAGCUCUCGGCAAGUGAAGGACAACACGACGAGUGUCGCUGUCUUUUGUACCUCAUUUUUAACUUAAUAGGUCACGAUAACCACAUGCAUCUUGUCUGAAGGAAGUUAACUGAAGAGUUAACUUUUUGUUUUUUAAAAUACACAGAAUGUUCCCUGUAGUUACUCUGCAGUCAGAUGAUGUGCUAUCAACUUGAUCCUGUGCUUCCCCAACUCCAAAGUUAUAUUUUGUAAUAUGAAGUACUGUACUCCUAUACUGUAUGUAAUUUAAUAACGUCAAACACCUCAACUUGAAGAGCCAUUUCAACAGAUGACUAAUAAAUCUUCCUGACUUGUCAAAUGA